AUGUUUUCUCGUAAAAACCGAUUCAAAAAAAGUAUUCCACAACAAUCUUACGAUUUAAAUAUACGUUCAAAAAAAACUUACUUAAGUGAUUAUACAUUCUCAAAUGACCUGAAACAUAAUAAUAUAAAUCUCCAAACUAGUUAUGCAUUAUUUAGUAAUGAGUUUAGUAACAGCUCAAGCAUUGAUAACCAACAAUUUAAAUAUAAUAGUAAUCAAAUUAAUGAUGGACAACAAUCUUAUCAUGGAAAUAUCAGUCAAGACUAUAACGAUCAAUAUAUGAGUAAUAGUAGCGUGUAUGACAGUACAGAAUCUAAUCAGGAAUUUGAAGAUAACUGGAGUUAUGACGAUCGAGAAA